AUGUGCACUGCUCUGAGCCCAAAGGUACGCAGUGGACCUGGCCUCUCUGAUAUGCAUCAGUAUAGCCAAUGGCUGGCCAGCAGGCAUGAAGCUAAUUUGCUGCCGAUGAAAGAAGAUCUGGCCUUGUGGUUAACCAAUCUAUUAGGGAAAGAGAUUACGGCAGAAACUUUUAUGGACAAGUUGGAUAAUGGUGCCUUGCUCUGUCAACUUGCAGAAACUGUGCAGGAGAAAUUCAAAGAAAGCAUGGAAGCUAACAAGCCCACAAAGAGUCUGCUCUUGAAAAAGAUUCCAUGCAAAGCCAGCGCACCCUCGGGCUCUUUUUUUGCCCGAGACAAUACAGCAAAUUUCUUAUCCUGGUGCCGAGAUUUAGGUGUGGAUGAAACAUGUCUAUUUGAAUCGGAAGGUUUGGUCCUUCACAAGCAACCCAGAGAAGUGUGUCUCUGUUUGCUAGAGCUUGGCCGGAUUGCAGCCAGGUAUGGCGUGGAGCCUCCUGGUUUGAUAAAAUUGGAAAAAGAGAUUGAACAAGAAGAAACACUUUCUGCCCCUUCUCCUUUGCCUUCUCCUUCAUCAAAAUCUUCUGGAAAAAAGAGUACGGGGAACUUACUGGAUGAUGCAGUGAAACAAAUUUCUGAAGAUCCUCCUUGCAAAUGUCCAACCAAGUUCUGCGUUGAACGGCUCUCUCAAGGGAGAUACAGAGUGGGAGAAAAGAUUCUCUUCAUUAGGGGUCUUCAUGGUUGUGACUAUGUCUCCACAGCCAAAGCAAAGCAGACGUUUAAGAUGCUGCACAACAAACAUGUCAUGGUCCGUGUCGGAGGAGGAUGGGAAACUUUUGCAGGGUAUUUGUUGAAACAUGACCCCUGCCGAAUGCUGCAGAUAUCGCGUGUGGAUGGCAAAACAUCCCCCAUCCAAAGCAAAUCUCCAACCCUUAAGGACAUGAAUCCAGAUAAUUACCUGGUGGUCUCUGCCAACUGUAAGGCUAAGAAAGAGAUUAAAUGAAACUAGGUGGUCACUACAAGGGACUCUCAUAAUGGCCUGUAUCCAC